AUUUGCCAACGGGAUGUCAUCUCUCAUAUUCAUAUAUGUAUGUACACAGAAAAUGGGCAUCAUGCGGACAAAAGUGUUUCAUUUGGCAAAGCUCAGACAGUCGCCAACUUCGAUGUUACAUCAAUUGUCGGGGAUGCGAGAAAUUGGAAGGAAAAAAUUUAAAAAAAAAAAAAAAAAAGGGCAAAUUCAAAUGGAUAAAGAAAAUUGACGGUCAAAAGCAACUGGACAUCAAUCCUCGUUUUCUUCUGCGCCGGUUUGGGGGGUUUACCAGGUUGAUCCCUUCUGCCAUCUCGGCUCAGAAGCGGGCACUGGUUGAUCAUUUCGCUUAUUAUGGAGUUUUGGAAAUCAAAGUUGAACGGAUGGGUGUCAGGCGAGUGUGGAUUUGGCAUUCUUUAUUCCCAAGCUCAAUGGAAAGGGGAGCAUGUGCCAUUGGUGCAAAGGGCGCCAAAUAAUGUAACCAUCCGGCAAAAGAUUCACCAAACGCGAAGAAAGCAUCAACACUCGUAUCUGUUCAGAGCGAUCCAAGGGGAAUACUUCCAGGAAAUUUAAAAUGUCUUGUGCAUGAGAAGCGAGUUGCUGACGUCUAUAUAAGUACACGAACAACCACAUGUAAGCUUUCAGUAUUUGGGGGGAUCGCGGUCGCGAUGUAUGGGACUCUGCAAGGCACCCAACCAGGUCCAGAAAAACCCCAAUUAAAAAAAAAAAAAAAAAAAAAAAGAAAAAG